AUAUAUAUGUACAAACAUAUAUAUAUGUAUAUAUUUAAAUAAGUAGCGAAUAUAUCAGAUAAAGCUAAAAUGGCCGUUAAUGUGCACUCAACAAAUGUAUCAUCGCAAAACUGGUCGCGCCAUGAGAUGUUGACCUGGGUCAACUCCCAGUUGAAAGCUGAAUUCACGAAGAUCGAAGAGCUUUGCACAGGCGCUGCUUAUUGUCAGUUCAUGGACAUGCUGUUCCCCAACUCGGUUUCCGUCAAACGCAUCAAGUUUCGCGCCAAUCAAGAGCACGAGUUUGUGCACAAUUUCAAGCUGCUGCAGGCGAGCUUUCAAAAAAAGGCCGUCCACAAGGAAAUACCAAUUGAACGGCUGAUCAAGGGUCGCUUUCAGGAUAAUUUUGAGUUUUUACAAUGGUUUCGAAAGUUCUUCAACGCCAACAAUAAGGGCAAGGCCUACAAUGCCCUCGCCGCACGCGAUGGCUUGCCAAUGGGCUUCGGUCCGAGCUCGGGCAAAGGUCCAUCGCAGAGCGCACGCUCCGUAUAUAGCGCACAUCAGGUGCGCACACGCACCUUUGUUAGUGAUGCCCACUUGACAUAUCGAAAGGAGAAGGAUAUCGAUAUAGCUGACGAUCACAUCCAUAUGCAGGGCGUUCUGCAAGAUCUGGAACGUGCCGAGCAGGAUCGCGAUAUGUAUGUAUCGAAAUUACGUGAUGUCAAAGUGAUUUGCGAGGAGAACAUAGAUGAGAAUCCAGGUGUCGUUAAGAAAAUACUUGAUAUUAUCAAUGAGGAUGCCAUUGAGUUCCCAUAUGAUGAUAAAACUUUUAAUAUCGAAUUGUUUGAUCAACCCAAUGGCAGGCAGUGUUAAGCUGCGCUCACAUAAAUAAUGUUUAUAAGCACUCGCACACAUACAUACGCACACACGCUCAUUAACCCACACACAUAUAGUCUCUGCUACACUCACGCAUACAUAAUACACGCUCUUAGCCACGCACACGAAUACUAACUUCAUUGGGGCAUUGGAUACCAGGACGUAUACCAGGAGCAGCUCAGUUUGAUUUGACUAUUUGUUUAUCUGUUCUCUACAUCACCAUAAAGCAUAAUGCUAACCAAUGUUCGCGUUCAGUAGCUAACAUCUUAGUUGUUCGACAAUAACACCCCAAGCCAAUGCCCCAAUUACAAAAUCGUUAAGAGCCUAUUUGAAAUGGCCAACAGAUAGUUAACUGCUGAACGCGUUCAUUUUUUUCGUUUUAUCAGCAAUAAUUCAUGGUCUAUCGAUUAUUUAUUCUGCCAUCUCAAAAAGCUCUUGAAAUGAAUUUCUUAAAUUUACCGUUCCUCGUCUGUUUUAGCUGUGUUGCUAUUUUAGCUUUUUCAGCUAUCUCGUUUGUCUGCAAAUCUCCAACUGUUUAGUUUUAGCUGCGUAAAUGAUUAUUAUGCCAUCGCUAGUAUCUUGAGGUGAAUUGCUUGGCUUCACCGUUAACAUUUGUCCAUACGCUUAUUCCAAAGACAUUUAAGUACUUAGGUGUUGCACAUGUUAGCUAUUUAAAAGCUAUAUUGAUUGUCCUAAUAAAUGAAAUAAAGUUCAAAAACGUAAUUUUAUCGUCAAUAUAA